AUGGGCAAUCCCGACGACGGUGAUCGUCUUCCUCCUCCAUCUUCUUCCGACGAACUCUCGAGCGUUCUCCGGCAGAUUCUGUCCCGUGCCCCGAUAACUCAACCUUCGUCGUCACCACCGAGGAGAGUCGUUUCCUCCGCUGAAAUGUUCGACCGGACCUUCCCUUUCGUUCCCGGCGGAGCGGUUUCUUCCGCCGCCUAUAAAGUCGCUGGCGAAGACAAAUGUGCUUUCGAAAACAAGAGAAAUGGAGGAGCUAAACAUCGAAAUUCGUUGAAGAGAAACAAUGAUGCACAAUUCCACAACUUGUCUGAAAAGAGGAGGAGGAGCAAGAUCAACGAGAAAAUGAAAGCUUUGCAGAAACUGAUACCCAAUUCCAACAAGACUGAUAAAGCCUCAAUGCUCGAUGAAGCUAUAGAGUAUAUGAAGCAGCUUCAACUUCAAGUGCAGACUUUAGCAGUCAUGAAUGGUUUAGGCCUAAACCCAAUGCGAUUACCACCAACACAGACAAGGAUCAAUGAGGCCUUACACAUGCAGACUCUGCUUGGCGGUUCUCACUCGCUUGUUCACCGUGAACCACCCGAAGCAAGUCAAGAAAUGUGCUUUUCCGCUGCGGCUCGUCUUUAA